CGACGCAGACCUGGCAGCUUUUCCCAAUAUCGUUCAAAAGUUGAAGCCAAAAUCAAAUGUGCACCGAUAGUCAGCACCAAUCAUCCGCGCACAAUCGGUGAAGAAUGUGCAGCUAUAACGAGUCUGGGAACAGCUGGCGAUUGCAGCGCAGUUUCCAUAAUUUCCAAACGAAUUUGUGAAAGCUCACUUGCGCCGGAUGAGUGUCGA